AAACAUACCAUGUCCAAUAUACCCGAUACGCCUUAUUUUUGUAUAUUAAUAGAUAAUUCUAGACCGGCCACUCCCAACUGUGUCCCAAUGUACACCCGAACCAACGAUUGUUUUCUAACAUUUCGCACCCGAGACCUGCUCCGGGAUCAUCUAUUGAACGACCAUUUGACUAACAGUGUUGCCGAUAAAGAUGCUGUCGAUAAGUUUAUGGUAUGGCAUCUGGAGUACCAGGAUCAGCUGAUCAAAACUAUGUCCGAAAGUAUUAAGACUAUACCCGAUAGGAGUAAAACCAAUUACGAGGGCUGUCCCGCAUGUGAUCGUAUUAUGAGUGUUUUCGACAUUAGGAAUGAGCCGAACGCCAAACACCAACUGAUCGUACGUAACAUAGAUAAGGAUUAUCCGGAAAACAAUGUCAACCAUAUUAACCCACAUAUUAAAUAUUAUCCAUUUGAAUGUCGUAAGUGUGAGGAAGAGAUCAAAAACAGUGGUAAAACAUCGGAUAAUGAAUACCGAGAAGUGGUUAAAACAGCUGUAAAAGCAAAGGUGAAAAAACAUAUUAUUGACAAACAUUUGCGAACAUUGAAACUGGAGAGACAUGAGUUGGAGGUUGAGGUCGAAAGAUGGACACAACAGUUCAAAGUUGAAGAAUUGGAUAAAUUGUCGCUAAAGUAAAUAGAAUUAAUUCCUAUUAUUCCAUAAAAUACCAGACAAUUGAAACUCGAAGCCAAUUCCCAGUCGACUAUUAUAAAGAGUAAAUAGAGAGAUGACAUCCCAUUCCUCUAUUUAAAUAUGAAUUAAUUUUUACA